CGCCAAACAACUGCCUUGCCCUUAACGGUCAAUGGAAUUUCUCCCGUUAACAAGCGAGAAACGUCGAUCCUCCUAUUUUUGGCGCACGACGCCCUGGUCACUGGUCACUGGUCAUUAUUCUCCAACUGUACGCCCAGAUUUCUUGUUCUUUCGAUAGGGCCGUAACUCUCACUGCUUCCAUUGGCCAUGUCACUGUCAACAAGAGAAAAAGGCGCAGCUCUAAAUUGAACCAAACGCAGCCAUCACAGCCAUCCACUCCCAUUGGAUUGAUACCGCAUAUCUGCGUCACAUUUCUCGUGUUCACCUAGGCUGAAGGGUUACUCUGCAUGGCUAUCCCUUGAAACAAUCAGUCAGAACAAAUAUACCUAGGUAUGAAGCUGGAGACAAGUAUGCCCGUGUAUGCCUCGUGCCUGGCCGAACAUACCCGAACCUGGGCUCGUGGGCUCUUGGGCUUUCCCUUCGGACAAACCGAGAGUCAUUUGUGAGACUAACCUACUCCAACCUAGACUGGUCACUGAUAGGGGGAUGAUGGGGGCAUAGCCAUGAGAGCUUCCACCCCAACUUCACUAUUCAAGCGUGCCUAAAUCCUUCACUGCCUGAAGCCGUGCUCAUCACAAGCAAGAUUCAGACAUGACCGCAGAAACGGGUACCAUUCUUUCAGGUGAUAGUUUGACGCCCACCAACUCACUGUCGUCGUGGGACUUGUCGUCAGAGUCCGCUACUCUCACCCAAGAAGAGAGCGCCAAACAACAGAAGACACGGACUCUGGCACCCAACUUGACACGCCGCUCACAUAAGAAGUCUCGCGCCGGAUGCUUCUCAUGUAAAGGACGUAAGAUCAAAUGUGGCGAGCAGAAGCCGGAAUGUGGAAGCUGCUUACUCAAGGGUAUUACUUGCGUCUACCCUACGGAGCAAUCUACACGCAAGUCCAACUUGCCUUUGAUCAGGCGAAAUCCACCCACAGCGCCAUCAUUUCCGUUCCCUGGCGCCGCAUUCUCCAUGAUGGACAUGCGCUUCUUUCAUCACUUUCUGACAGUGGCGUAUCCUCAUUUACCAGUCGGCAAUGACCACGUCUGGGUCCAUGAAAUACCACAAUUUGCAGAGCAACACGAAUAUCUGAUGCACGCCAUUCUCUCGUUGGGAGCCUCGCAUCUGAGUCGUCUUACCGGGAUCGACUACCGCCGCGAGUCCCUUGUCCACCGUGGGCAGGCGCUUGCCGGGCUGAAUCAUGCACUCAGUCAAGCGUCAAGGUCGUACGGCGAGUCCGACGCCAUGCUUGCGUCGUGUUAUGCCCUCACCUUCCAAGCCUCCUAUAUGGGUGACGGGUUGACAGACUUCAUAACCAUGGUACGAGGCUGUGCGCUUACUACGGACAAGAUUCGACGCGAACAUUCUCCCACCGCCUUCAAUCUCCAACCUGACUGGCACUUCAAAUUCAUGGCGCCACGAUUGGAGCAUCUCCCACCGGUCGAUCCCACGUUGCUGGAGGACGCCUACAUUGCCCUCGAAGAGAUAAGACCAUAUCUGACGGAUGACACACAUUUUGAUUUCCACGCUGGUCUGGUCGACAUCGUCAUCUCAUUGCAAGCCAGCUCGGCUUCGGGUUACAUGCAAUUCACCGAGUUGUAUUCAAUAUGGUACGACCUCUGUCACGACUCGUUCAAAAGCUUCCUCGAUCCAAACAACCUGGUCGCGCAGCUAUUGCUCGCUUAUUUUGUGGGCGUUCAACUCCUCAUCAUCCCCAUCGCGACCCACGAGUUCUUACACCGCGCGGAUGUCUCGAGAAUUCGUGUCCUUUACGGCGUGACCGAAUGGGCCGAGAGCAUCUUCGAGCGUCUGGAGGAGUCGGAACUCCGGGAGCACCUGUCCUGGCCGCGGAGCAUUAUCUCCACGGUCCUUGCCGAACUAAACGGUCAGAUUCUGCAGGCGCCGUCGGUGUUGCAGCUACAUCUGACGAGCAAAGAUAUCGUGCCGAACACGACAAUAUUGGCUCCCCCAUGAUCAACGUGCAGGAAACGAAAGAGAACAACUAAAGUCAUCACGUGUUAUGGUGUGUGUACUCAGGGUGAAACUGGAGGCAAAGCUCGAGAAGGCCUCUCAUUGAUGAAAUGAAUGGAAACGCAGCGAAAUGAUCACUCAGAUACCUCUUCUCAACUCUGAACUUCUCUAAAUUCUUGACUCCACAACGCCCAAAUGGCAUCGAGUAACAAACCAACUACAUCACAGACCAAACACCACACAAACACCCAAGUUGUAACGCAGCAGACACCACCCUCCCUGCACCCCUCGAAUUGGGCGCAGGCGGCACUCGCAAGGGCCACAGUCUAUGAGAAGCCCUCUCGCCAUCUGGCCAACUCGUUUUCCUUCUUGAUCACCUCAACUCAUGAUCCUGUUUAUAUCAGGCUCCGUCUCUUUAAUCCAGCAGCACUUGUUGGCAUUGCCUGAUUUCGCCUGCGUCUCAAGCUUAGGCGCGAUUCAACCUAGCAUUCGGCCUCUUCCCAUCAGGCCCAAAAUUCUCCAUCCCAAAAUCGGUCCGUGGCUUCUGCUGCAUCCAACGAGUCGGAUGAUACCACGCGAGGACGGCCAGGGCACAGAACAUUGGUGUGCCCUCCAGGACGUACAGACACCAUUCGUGGUUAAAAGGAUACCCGUCGAUUCCGAGGGCAAAUUCGACGACACGGUAGAUCGAGCGGACCUGCACGUACACACAAUGAGUCAGCGACUGCGAAAUCGGGUACAUCCAGAAGGAGCUGUGACGGACCUGGACGAAGAAGCUGGCGACCCACGCCCCCAAAAUCACCUUCUUCACACACGGAUUGAAUCCAGUCUCUUGAUUUCCCUUCACCCUCGUCACGAAUCUCCCCAUAAGGAGCAGGAAGACGGUGAACGUCGCCAGUUGCAGUGCCAGUCCAACGAGCAGUACAUUCGUUCCGAUAUCUUUGAGGUUGCCUUCCCAAUUGCCUGAACUCGCGAUGCCCGAGCCGGAACAUUGUGUGAGGAAACUCACUACAUCACUGGUGAUGAAAACUCGGCCAAGCCAGCGGGGGCUGAUGCGGAAGAAAACGCGGUCGGGUCCGUCGGGCAGAGUCGUGCGGAUCAGACGCGUCAGGAGCAGGUAAAGCGUGGCGCAGACAAAGAUGGGCGAGAUGACGAUGUAAGAGGCCGAUAUCGCAUAUAGGGGGAUGGAGGAGUUGUUAUGUAUGGAGGCGAUUCGGACAGACCAUCCGCACGUGGAUAUGAGGCCCGCGACGAACAGCGGGAUGGUAUAUUUGUGUUUGAUGGCGCAGUGGCGGGAGGAUAUGAAGUUGAUGUAGAAGUGCCACAGGGUCAGGACGGCGUAGAGAACGGAGAAGAUGACGGCUGCGGGUGUGGAGGGAGAGUAGAAAUACAAUUCGACGUCGUCGGUGGAGGCGGUGGAGUUCGACAUGGUUGUCUGGGUUUGGGUUUUUGAGGUCACAAAAGUCGAGACUGCGCCUGUCUAUUCGGUAUUGGAAUCGGUUGCCGUUGCUGUCAAAGGUUGGAUGAGGUAUUGAUCUGUCCUGGAAUUGGUCUGGUUGUAUCAGUAUGGAGAGGGCAAUUCGUGCUUCGGCUUUGCGUUGGGGGCGAUUGGACAAAUUCCACAAUGAGGCCUCGGGGUCGGCCAGUAUGACAAUGACAAUCGCAGUGAUAAUGACAAUGAAGCCAGUUCGGGAUGAGAACAAUAGUAUGACACUGUCAGUAGAUUCGGAACAAAGGAGUCAUUCAUAGGGCCUAUCGAGACAAAAGAAAAACAAUGGAAAGGAUUCAGGUAGGUCUAUAUAUACUCUCUCGAAGCCAUCAAGGUGCAUUGCAAGUGCCAGUGCCAGUG